ACGAAAAUAGGAGUAUGAUAAGCAAAAGAGAGGUUGUUUUGUUCAUGACAGCAGAGGGUAGAACAAACAGAAUCAUAAAGGAUCGAACAGAAUAAAAACCUCUGGAUCACCAUUGUUAAUCAAUCCACAGAAUAAUGAGCUUCUUUUUUCUAAGCUACAUGUGAAGUAAGUCCUCAUACCAAAUGUCAAGAACUCUUGCAGCAAUAGUGGGAGGUGCUGCAGGAGCUAUGGUCUUACUUGGGUUUGUGAUUUUAGUUACAUGGUUCUUCUUUUGUAAUAACAGAAGCGUGUCCCGAACUUCAGAAACCGACUCUUCUGAUCCAUCUCAAGUUGGAAGAUCUCAGGCGGUUCAACUAGUCAUCCGAGAAACCCGACGGUUUGAAAUUGAUGAAUUGUCUUUAGCUACAAAAAAUUUUAGUGACAAAAGUUUGAUCGGUGAAGGAAAAUUCGGUGAGGUGUACAAGGGCUUGCUUCAUGAUGGUAUGCUUGUAGCGAUAAAAAGAAGACUAGCUCCCCCUACUCAAGAGUUCAUACAAGAGGCGAGGUAUCUGGCAUCUAUUCAGCACCGGAAUAUUGUGACGCUUUUAGGUUACUGUCAGGCAAGUGGUCAACAGAUCCUUGUAUACGAGUAUGUACCCAACGGAAGUGUUUCAAUCCACUUGUACGGAGCCGGUCAGGUUACGAAAGAAAAACUUGAAUUCAAGCAUAGACUUUCAAUAGCUCUUGGGGCGGCUAAAGGUUUGGCUCACCUUCACUCAUUAAGCCCACGUUUGGCUCACAAGGAUUUCAAAACAGCAAAUGUUCUUGUAGAUGAGAACUUUAUAGCCAAAGUUGCAGAUGCAGGUGUCCGAAAUUUCUUGGGCCGAGUUGACUCAGCGGGCCCGUCUUCUCAAGCUAGAAUUGAUGAGAUAUUCCUUGCUCCAGAGGUACGUGAAUUCAAGCGCUUCUCUGAAAAAAGUGACAUUUACAGCUUUGGUGUAUUCCUGCUCGAGUUGGUAAGUGGACAAGAAGCAGCGGAAUUACUAUCUUCAAACUCCAACCAAAAUCUUGUUGAAUGGGUGCAUAGUCAUCAAGAAGCAGGAACUAUCUCCGGUAUCAUUGAUCCACGAAUCGGGAACAGCUUCACAACGGAAGGUAUGGAAGAAUAUAUCCACUUGAUAAUCGGGUGUGUCGAAGUUUCAAGCGAGAGAAGGCCUGCAAUGAGUUAUGUGGUAACCGAGCUGGAUCGAAUACUUGAAAAAGAAAUGAGCUUGACAACAAUCAUGGGGGAAGGAACCCCGGUUGUGACCCUUGGAAGUCAACUCUUUCGGGCUGCAAAAUAAGGUUCAUCGAGAUUGAGAUUUAUUUAUUAUUUCUAUCUCCAAUUUGAUGUGUGUGCUUUGUGAAAUAAUUCUUUUGUUUUAAUGUUUGGGAAGGAGAUUCAGCUGUUUGAUAAGUGUAUAAAGAACAGCUGGUUGGUUUUAUUUGUUUUCUUUCUCAAUUAUCAUUGAUUUUUGUUUAUUGAUUGUGAAUACAUGAAGAUUGUUGAGAUUGGUGUGUGAUCAUUGUAAAUAAAAUUAUCAUUGUUUAUUAUUAA